UCAAGCUGGAGGAGCCUUCUGAAUUAUUUAAUCCCAGAAUGGCUUCAACAGAGGAACGAUUUAAGAUUGUGAAGGUGGAGGAAGACCCUAUCUGGGAUGAAGAAACGUACCUUCAAAAGAACAGUUUUUCUGGCCAAGAGGCUUCCCACCAACUUUUUAGGCAGUUUUGUUACCAAGAGACUCCUGGUCCCCGAGAAGCACUGAGCCAGCUUCGGGAGCUCUGUCGUCAGUGGCUAAGGCCAGAGACCCACACCAAGGAGAUCCUGGAGUUGCUGGUUCUGGAGCAAUUCCUGACCAUCCUGCCUGAGGAGCUACAGGCCUGGAUGCAGGAGCACCAUCCAGAGAAUGGGGAGGAGGCAGUGGCUGUGGUCGAAGAUCUGAGAGAGCUCAGUGAGCCAGGGAAACAGGCCCCAGAUCAUGAACAUGGACAUUCUGAAGUGCUGUCAGAGGAUGUGAUGCAUCUGAAGGCCAAGCAGGAGUCAACAGUCAUAUAGUUUCAGUCCAUCAUGACCCAGCUCAAAUGUGACUCUUUCAGGCCCCACCAAUUUCGAGAACAAGAUGGUGAAAGUAUACCCGAAAAUCAGGAGUUGGCACCAAAGCAAGAAAUCUUAAAAGAAAUAGAAUAUUUUGGGGAUCUAUCUAGCAGACUUCAAAGAGAUGUUCCUCUGGAUUCUAAGUACAGAAAAACUGGCAGACAUGAGAGCAAGGUAGAAAAGCAGCAGGGACACUCUAGUGGAGAGAGACAUCACAGGUGCAAUGAAUGUGGGAAAAGCUUCACUCAGAGUUCAGUCCUUAUUCAGCACUAGAGAAUCCACACUGGAGAGAAGUCAUAUGAAUGUGAAGAGUGUGGGAAGGCCUUCAGCCAGAGGUCAGGCCUCAAUGAGCAUCAGCGGAGCCACACUGGAGAGAAACCCUAUCACUGUAAGGAGUGUGGGAAAGCCUUCAGUGCCAGCAGUGGCCUCAUUCGACACAGAAGAAUCCACACGGGAAAACCAUAUGAAUGUGAAGAGUGUGGAAAAGCCUUCUGCCUUAGCUCAUACCUUGUAUAGCAUCAAAGGAUACACACUGGACAGAAGCACUAUCAGUGUAACAAGUGUGGCAAAGCCUUCAGUCAGAAUGCAGGGCUCUUUCAGCAUCUUCGAAUUCACACUGGUGAGAAACCCUAUCAGUGCAGUCAGUGCAGUAAGAAAUUUAGUAGGCGAACACUCCUUAUGAAACAUUAGAGAAGUCACACUGGAGAGAGACCAUAUGAGUGUGAUGAGUGUGGGAAAGCCUUCAGCAAUCAUUGCAACCUUAUUAGGCAUUUUAGGAUCCAUACUGUUGCUGAACUGAACUGAGUCCAUUGACUCCCUGACCAUCUUGGAGAGUAAGAUUUUCAAGUGGCUAAUUCUGCUUGCACCAAAUUUAAUUUGCUUUGGAAUGAGUAACUUGACUGCAAACCAGGUGCUGGAGUCUACUGGGUGGAUGACUGUGUGUGUGGGACGUUGCUGAGCAUCCUCCCAGUCCCUAUCCCUUGGUUCUUUUCAAAUGAUUUUCCUUAAAGGGACAAAGUCCUACAUGGAAAUAAAUUGGUAUGGAGGGGCUGUUCUUGAGUAAUACCACCCUCAGGGAGCUUACAUUUUAGUGGCAGGGGUGGAGGGAGACAGAAAAUAAAUGUGUAAUAUAUCAGAUGCUAAUAAUUUCUGAUAAAAAAGCAGAGUGAGAGAGAUAGAAUGUACCAGGGUGGAGGUGGAGGGAGUUACUAUUUUAUGUAGGAAGACCAAGAAACCUGAAGGAAGAGAGGGAGUCAUACAGAUGUUUGAGUGAAGAACGUUCCCCCAGGCAGAGGGAUCAACAAGUACACAGGCUGAGGUGGGAAUGUUCUGGCUGUUUGAAGAAUAGCACAGAGUCCAUUAUGGCUGGAGCAAAGUAAGUGAAGUGAAGAAAGGCAGAAAAUAAAAGGGCAAUAUGAAGGAGUUUCAUUGGUGGCACAGUGGUUAAGAGCUCGGCUGCUAAUCUAAAGGUCAGCAGUUCCAACCCACCAGCUGCUUCUUGGAAGCCCUUUGGGGCAGUUCUACUGUCACUAUGAGUCAGAAUUGACGGCAAUGGGUGUGUGUGUGUGUAUGAAAGAGUCAGAUUAUGUAGAGCCACUUUAGGAUCCUACCAGCAAAUACAAGAGCUUUAGCUUUUACUCUGACAUAAGAAGCCAUUGAAGGGUUUUGAUCAGAGAAAUAAUCUGGCUUAUAUUUUAAAGGAUCACUCUAGGUGCUGUAAUGACAACAGACUGUAGGGGAAGAUGGAGGAGUGGAGAAAGCAGGGAGUCUGGAUAGAUUAUUGCAAUAAUCCAGGUAAGAAAUGAUGGUGGUUUGAAACAGAAGAACAGUGGUAGAUGAAAGAAAAGUGUGUAAAUUCUGCAUAUCCCUUGAAUAUGAGAGCACAUGUUUGCACAUGUGUUGGAUAUGAGUGUGAACAAAAGAAAGAUGAAUCCAAGGCUUUUAGUUUAAUCAACUAUCUUAGGCUGGGUUCUGUAGAGAAGCAAAUCCAGUAAAAGGUAUAAAUAUAUAGAGAGAUUUAUAGCAAGGAAAUGGCUCAUGCAGUUGUAGAGGCUGGAACGUCCCAAGUACGUGGGUCAGGAUAGUCUUCUGAUUCACGCAGCCGCAGGGGCUAGCAAACUGAAGAUUGGCAGACAAAAAGGCAGGUAAGCUGCUAGCUCAAGUCCCAAGAACCGGAGGUCUGAUGAACAGGAGCCAGCUGCAGGAUCUAGAGCGAACUAAAGCUCAGUCUUGCCAGAAAGUCCACUUAUAUAUU